GGCAGUUAUGCUCUUUGGUGAACUCAAUAAUAUGUAUGUACGAUUGAUGUACGAUUGUUGCCUGACAAUUGUUGCUGAUCAUUGCAGAUUGUUGCAUGAUAAUAAUAUUAUUCGUGUAUCCAUGCUUCAAAUAUGAAGUAUGAAUGUCAUGAAAUCAUUUCGAGAAGCGUUAUCCAACGCAAAACAUGUGUUGAUAUUAACUGGUAGCGGAAUUUCGGCGGAAUCAGGUAUUCCCACAUUUCGUGGUGCCGGUGGUUUUUGGAGGAAGUAUCAAGCCCAAAAUCUUGCAACCCCAGAAGCAUUUACGGCAAAUCCUUCUUUAGUCUGGGAAUUUUAUGAAUACCGCAGAAGAGUGGCAAACGAAGCUAAACCCAACAAAGCUCAUGAAGCAAUAGCAUCUUUUCAAGAUCGUGCCUUAAAAGAAGGUAAAAAUGUCACCAUUAUAACGCAAAACAUUGAUGAACUUCAUCAGCGUGCUGGUGCCAGUAACGUGGUGGAACUUCAUGGUUCGCUUUAUAAAACUCGUUGCACAGUUUGCAAUGAGGUUGCUGUAAAUACAAAUAUUCCCAUAUGUCCUGCAUUAGAAGGAAAAGGAUCUCCAGAUCCAAACAUUAUGAUUUCUAAUAUUCCAAAAAAUGAAUUACCUUUAUGUCAAAAAGAAAACUGUAAAGGUUUGCUGAGACCUCAUAUUGUAUGGUUUGGUGAAAAUUUAGAUGAAUAUGUAUUAAAGGAAGCCUUUAAUGCUGUAGAAAAUUGUGACACUUGUUUGGUCAUUGGUACAUCAUCGAUUGUAUAUCCUGCAGCAAUGUUUGCACCACAAGUAGCAAAUCGUGGUAUACCUGUUGCUGAAUUUAACUUAGAAUCAACUCCUGCUACAAGACACUUUAUGUAUCAUUUUGAAGGACCCUGCACUAUUACAGUAACAGAAGCUUUAAAUCCUUAAAUCUACAAAUGUGUAAAUUUAAGACCUUCUGA